CCGUGUCUCCCGCAGUCGACGUCUGGCGAUCGGCGGGGGAGGUCGUCUCGCCGCUGCUCUCGCCUCGGUAGAUUAAAAAGUGCGAUUUGCAGCUCGACGUCGACCUCGUCCUCGUCCUCGAAGAUGACGGUGACGGCCAAGGAGGUGGUGGCGAGGCUCAAGGGCGAAGGCUGGUCUCUGAGUGAGGAAGGCGUCGAGAAUCUCUUGGAAGGAAACAGCUUCAGCUUCCAGAAUGCCUCUCAAGAAAUCCUGAAUAGUGACUUGAAGGACGUAGGAGCUCCUUGUCUUCCAGAGGACUUAAAGGGCAAGAACAAGACAUUGACAGGGCUCAUGGUGCUGCCGGUGUCCAAAAUCCGCAAUGUGUCGGCCCCAAAAGCCUUCGCCGACUCCAGUGCAGCCCCUCGCCUUCUGCGACUCUCCCUUACUGACGGUACAAACACAUUUUCAGCUUAAGAUCCAGAAACAUUAAGUG